ACAACAGAUGUCACUGUAAAAUGUGUUUUGUGUAAAUAAAGUUAUUUUACGUAAAUAGUGUAAAAACAUUAUUGAUUAGCAAUAUUGUUAUCAUUCCUAGAUAAAGCACCUAUUUUUGUGUGGAUAUGUUGUGAAUUUGACGAUUUACGGUGCUAUUUGUCAAUUGAAACUUCGAUUUUAAAAAUUGUGUUCAAGGAAUAUGUCUAAAGAAAAUCGACUAGCAAGAUGGUAUUUUGGAGGAUUGGGAUCAGCAGGUGCUGCAUGUGUAACACAUCCUCUCGAUCUUAUCAAAGUUCAAUUGCAAACGACACAAGAAGGUAAAGUUUCCAUCAUCAAAUUAACAGGAAAUCUUGUGAGAAGUCAAGGCAUAACUGCACUAUACAAUGGGAUCUCAGCAUCACUACUCAGACAAUUAACCUACUCAACAACAAGGUUUGGAAUCUAUGAGAUGGGAAAGCAAACUUUUGGAUCUGACAUGGGUUUCCUUGGAAAAGUUCUGUUAGCUGGAGGUGCUGGAGCUUGCGGAGGAGUUGUUGGGACACCUGCUGAUAUGGUCAAUGUUCGAAUGCAGAAUGAUGUCAAACUUCCACUAGAACAACGAAGAAAUUACAAACAUGCAAUUGAUGGACUUUGGAGAGUCUACAGCGAAGAAGGUUUUCGACGAUUAUUCUCUGGAUGCAGUACAGCAACAUCUCGUGCUGUUUUUAUGACUAUCGGACAACUUUCGUUUUAUGACCAAGUGAAGAAAAUUUUACUUGAAUCCGGAUAUUUUAAAGAUAAUUUGACAACGCAUUUUACUGCAUCAAGUGUCGCUGGAGCUAUUGCAACAUCACUGACUCAACCAUUAGAUGUGUUAAAGACUCGUGCAAUGAACGCUAAGCCAGGUGAGUUUAAUGGUAUUUGGGACAUCGUCAAACACACAGCGAAACUUGGACCACUUGGAUUCUUCAAAGGCUACGUACCUGCCUUCAUUCGACUGGCACCACAAACGAUUCUCACUUUCGUCUUCCUAGAACAAUUGCGGUUGAAUUUUGGGGUAUUGCCACACACUGGUAAAUAGAUUCAAUGCAUUUUGAGUUCUUUUAGUAUUUUUCUUAAGUUCCACUAAGAAAAAUCAUUUCGCGUUUUGAUUUUUUUGUUCCUUGGGAUGUCAAUUGACAAUAAUUUAUUUUAUCAAAAAGUUCCACUAAAAAUUGAAGGCCAAUGAUUGUUUUUAACUAUUGUUUGCCUUUCAUUUUAAUUAUCUGCUUACUUUUGCUUUUAAAAAGCAUUUUUAAAAUAAUUUUUUGACUUUGUCAAUCGACAUCCUCAUUUGUCUCAAUAAUGAUAUUAACUUAGAAGAAAAAUAAUCUUGCAAUGUGAGCCUAAAGCUGUGCAGUAAAGUAGAUUUCUCAGUGAUAAAUGGCAAAUUAUGAUGCCUUGUUGUGAGAAAACUGUGAGACAAUAAUCGGGUUAUGAAUGUCUGUCAAAUGCUAAGCAAUGCAUUUAUUUCUUAUCAAUUAGUUACCGUCAAAUUAUUUUAACAUUUAUCGCAACUUUAACAUUCCUUAUUUUCUUCUUAACUUCGGUGCUUUUCUCAGAUUUAUUCUCAGUUGAUUAAAGAAAAUGUGGAAACAAGAAAACAAAUGAUUUGAUCAAUCUGUGCAAAUUUUAUGAUUUAAAUGAAACUUAACUUAACCUAAUCUAAACAUAAAGUCACGUCACAGAUUUUUCAAAGAUUUCAUCUUGAUUUCACAUUUUUCUUGAACUAUUUAUUUUAUACUUUACUUUAUUUAAAUAAACAAAAUAUAUUUUUAUACUUAUUUUAUCUUCUUGAUUUGAACUUGGUUGCGAAUGACGUUAACACUUCACUUGAAGAAGUGAAUUGUAUUCAAAAACUAAUUUUCAUGCUAUUGAUAGCAACAAGAAAGAUUUUUUUAGCCUUUCAAAUCAUUUAAAAUUCAUUUGUGGAACUCGUCAUGACGUUGUUCACAAGCAAACUCAAAAAAGAAAAAUCUCAAUCGUUAUGUUUUGUUGAUAAUCAAAUGAUGAUGAAAAAAUACAGAAAUCUGUUGUUACCUAAAUAAAUCUUCAUAGAUGAAUGAAGAUGCUUAAAUAAGUUGUAGAAGAUGACGACAACGGAGCUUACACGAUAAAAGAAAUUAUUACUUAUGUAGGUCUAGAUUCGUAAAUAAGUAUAUCAAACAUUUCAUAGAUAAAGGCAGACAGGCAUAAAUAUAGAAUCGUCAGUGUAAUCAACCUAAAAUGUCGUCGUCGUCUUCACAUUGCUUGAGAUAUAGAAUAUUUUUUUAGCUAUUUACAUAAAUUCUUCAAACUAUUGCAAUACAAAAUUAUGUGGAACUCGUAAAAAUGAAAUAAAUGUUUUAAACGUGAGC